AUGGCCUCAUUCGCUGCGGCUCCUCCGAACACACAUGCGGGUGGAGAUGAUGAAGCCCUUCGAACACACGGCACGAUACCCAUGAACCACACGACAGUCUACGCCGACGAAAGGGUGAACAUGGAAGAAUACAAAAACUCUGUUCCUUGGUGGAAGAGAGUAUACCAGGACAGCUUCACGCAAAUGAUGCUCCUAUCGAUGCAGAGCUUCUGUGGCCCAGCCAUGUCAGAUGCAAUCGCAGGUGAGUCUUUUUGCCUUGGUGGUGGUGGUCUUGCUUCUGCACAAACGAACAAUAUUUCGAAUGCCAUCACAUAUGUCAUGCUUGCCUUGGUCUGCUUCUUCGGCGGUCCUCUUGUGAAUAAGCUAGGCGUCAAGUGGGCUCUGGUAAUUGGUGCCAUCUCAUUCCCUAUUCAAGGUUCAUCAUAUUACUGCAACAGCAAGUUUGGCAACCAAUGGUAUAUUAUCUUCGGCGGCUUUGUCUCUGGUGUUGGUACAGGCUGUUGGUACGUCGCAGAAUCAGGAACUAUCAUGAGUCUUGCUCCAUCAGGUGCUCGUGGCAAAUACCUCGCUUUCUGGAUCGUCGCUCGUAACCUUGGACAAUUAGUGGGAGGUGCCAUCAAUCUCUCGAAGAACCAUGUCAAAGGUGUCGAGGCUGGUGUCACACCUGACACAUACAUCGCCUUCUUGAUCAUCGAGUGUCUUGCACUGCCAUUUGCUCUGCUCAUUUCUCCUCUAGAACGUGUCGUUCGAUCAGAUGGUACCCGCAUCUUGGUCUCCGAGAAAAUCGGGACCAAGCAGGAGUUCAAGCUCAUCAAGACCACCAUGACUUCUAGUCUCAUUAUCCUGUCAGCAGUUUGGGCUAUGUGGUCAUUUUUCUACUCCGGCACCUGGAGUACCUAUCUUGGCAUCUACUUCUCAGUUCGUGCUCGCGCGCUCUCGUCCUUGAUCUCGCCAUUCUUCUGCAUUGUCGGAUGCUUCGGUCUCGGUUUCAUCCUCGAUAUGAAGAGCCUCAGUCAACGCCAGAGGGCAAGAGUUGGCCUUUUCGUCGUAGUCAUCCUUAACCUCGGAGUCUACAUUUGGAGCAUCAUAAUGCAAGCCAAAUUUAAUGCCAAUGACCCUGGAAGGAUCGAUUGGGACGACGCUCUUUACCCGUCUGCUUUCCUCCCUUACUUCUUCGUUCAGACCACGGGACCGCUGUCGCAAUCAUACAUGUAUUGGCUACUUUCAUCCUUCGCCACCGAUGCUCAAGCCAACGUCCGCAAUGGAGCAGCUUUCAGAUGUCUCGAAGCAGUUGGACAAGCCAUUUCUUAUGGCAUGAACACACAAACCGAGGCCAGCCCAAUGAUUGGCUUCUGUGUCAGUUUCGGUCUCAUGGCAUUGGCGACGGCUCCCAUGAUCAUGUUGACCAAUAAGACACCCGAUCGCAUCCCUGCUGACGUGAUCCUUGAGGGUCAAGAGGCCUUCGAUGCUAAGAAUCCUGAUGAGCACGAAGUUGUGAUUGGCAAAAUGGAUCAGAAGUAGACUCGGAUACGGUCUUUGCUUCAUAUAGAUGAGAAGCGUAUGACUGAUGAGGUUUGACAAGAUAGACAAUCGGUGUCUAAAUAGUUCUGCAAUGUAUGAUCCACUUAAUCCCCC